AGGAAUGGCGCAGCACAGCACUUUAGGAUUGGGCUUCCGGUUCCGGGGGAAACCGGAAACCCGAGUGAAAUCACGCGCCACGGCACGGGCGGCGGCAUCGUCAACUCUGCCAACCGCGUUCCGUCGCAGGAUAAAAGGCUCGGGCCGGCGACGAGAACCGUAGAAGGCAGUGCCGUGCAGUGCAAUUCCAGACAGCAGCUGAACGCGGGAGGCAAACAAGAAAGGCAUUCAGGUGGCUUGAGAUCGGUCGGUCAACCUGAUCGUUUGAGUUGUGCGAUGGCGGGCGGGAGCAAGAGCAAGAGCAAGGUGCGGGAGUGGAUGCGGAGGCGGAUGGCGCCGAGGAGGAAGCAGCCGGCCGCGGCCGCGACAGCGACCGGGAACAGCAGCGAGUCGGCGUCGGCGCAGUCGUCGCCGAGGCGGAAGCUCCUGGCGGCCGCGGUCCCGUCGGCGCAGCGGUGGAGGAACGUGGUGGCGGCGGUGUUCCAGCGCGCGGUGUACCACCUGCUGUGGCUGGUCGAGUCCGUGGUGGUGGUGGCGCAGCUCUGCUUCUUCUUCCUGCGCUUCGGCUUCAGGCUCUGAACCAAAAAAAGCUCGGCCUGAAUUUCGAUCGCGCCCAACCGCAAUUCUUUCGUUUGUUUUUGUCUUCUCUUCUGUUGGCCAAUCUCCACUGGCUCUUCCGAUUUCCAUGACCACAAGCUGUAAGUAACAUGUUCUUGUGUGUUGGAGAAAAUGUGUAACCUUUGUCUUCUUUUCAGAAGAAUCUGUCUUAAAUUUCCCAAUUGCGUUAAAAAUGGUAGACUGCCUUUUUUUGCAAGGCAAGGAACUGUGUUAUAUACAUGAGACAAGU